AUGGGCACCGCACCCCAGUUAUGUGUGAUGCCUGUUAGAGGAGAUUUACCAACUAUGAUGCUAGUAUUCUCCGGCGACGACAUGCGCUGCAUUGCAGUGUUUGGUCAGUCAUCUUCAUCCACUGGAUUUGAAAUGCCAGCGGAACUGCCCGCUCCAUUCCGCUCGGUUGGACCUACUCCGUUCCACCCAGCUAAUACACCAACAGGUGGAGCUUCAUUGGAUGGGGCUUCGACCGGGCCUCGCCCUCUGCUAGAUCGUCCUACUGACGUGGCUAUAGCUCCAGACGGCCGAAUUUACGUGGUGGAUUUCGGUAAUAAUUGUGUACGCGUGUUUUGA